GCAGGGUUCGCUGCCACGCGUUCGCUGCCAUUACGGGGUUCCUGGUGCUAGCCGCAAUGACGGGAGUGCAAGCUCGCUGCCCUCCCAGGCGGUCGGGUCUCUUGAGCAACUGUGAUUACACCGUAUGUUCCCCCGCGGAGUGCGCCGCGCAGGGUCUGGAGUGCUGCCCGAAACCAUGCGGUGGAAGCUGGUGCGUCAGAGGUAUACGUCCGCCACCCGAAUUCACCGAGAUCUGUCCACCAGUGUUUAAUUGGGCCCAGGACUGCCUUGAGCCGAGGAAUAACACGACUUGUGAACAACUGAACUGCUUCAAGGUGGGAUCCAUCUGCUGCCGCAAUGGCUGCAAGGAAAACUACUGCUACCUCGUGCCCGGCACAUUCAAGUGAGGCCCUCGGUCACCAAUAGCCACGCCAAGUUUUUUCUCGACACUUUAUCAGAAUAAACAUCCGUUUGAUA